AUGCAAGUUUAUACAUUUCUUGAACGGUGUUACACAGGCGCGCACCACCGGCUCUGUUGCUCUUUGUCACUACUGGAUCUAAUCUCACUCACCUACUCACCGAGCUACCACCUGCAAUACAAAAAUAAGUGUUUUGAUAUUCCUAGGAAGCUUUUAAUUCCUCCACACUCGUCUGUGACUGAGAAAUGAAUCAAAAAGUCCCUUUGCUGUGGAUUUUCCUACAGUGUGCUUCUGCGCUCUUCUCAUCGGCUGUUGGGGAAACCGCUGUUCUUAAAGGUAAAGACAGUGGAUUGGAUGAACUGCCAACAGACGGCAAGGUUCUUGAUGGCAUCAAGUACAACAUGAGGACGAGUUUAGAUCUGGAACAUGAAGGCUGCUACCUGCAGACUGGCAAGAAGGAAUGUCUGGAGGAGUGUGGCUUCAACGCCACAGCCAAGACUAUCUUCAUCAUCCACGGCUGGACGAUGAGCGGGAUGUUCGAAAGCUGGAUGCACAAGCUGGUCUCUGCAGUGAUGCAACGUGAAAGUGACGCCAAUGUGGUUGUUGUUGAUUGGAUAUCGAUGGCUCAGCAGUUGUACCCCGACGCUGUCAAUCGCACCCACACGUCGGCCUCAGCAUUGCAUGGCAUGAUCAACUGGCUAAAGGAUGAGCAGCAGCUGCCUCUGGAGAAAGUACACCUGAUUGGCUACAGUUUAGGUGCUCAUGUAGCUGGCUACGCAGGGACAUUUGUGAAAGGGACCAUCGGCAGAAUCACUGGUCUAGACCCAGCAGGACCAAUGUUUGAGGGUGCCGAGGAACGGAAGCGCCUCUCCCCUGAUGAUGCCGACUUUGUGGACGUUCUGCACACAUACACUCGAGAGGCUUUGGGUGUGAGCAUUGGGAUCCAGCAGCCAAUUGGGGACAUUGACAUCUAUCCCAAUGGUGGUGAUGUGCAGCCCGGCUGUGCACUGGGUGACGUGCUAGCAAUUGCUGGAAAUUUCAUGGAGGUGAUGAAGUGUGAGCAUGAGCGUGCCGUGCACUUGUUUGUGGACUCCUUAAUGAACAAGGACCACAUGAGCUUUGCCUACCAGUGCACCGGCCCCGAUCGCUUCAAGAAGGGCAUCUGCCUGAGCUGCCGCAAGAAUCGCUGCAACAACAUCGGCUACAACACCAGGAAGAUGCGCAAGAGGCGCAACACUAAAAUGUAUCUGAAGACGCGUGCUAUAACUCCAUUCGGAGGCUACCACUACCAGAUGAAGAUGCACGUGUUCAACAGAAAACAGGCAGACAAUGCAGAUCCCACCUUCCAUGUCCAGUUGUACGGGGCCCAAAAUGAUACAGAAAGCAUAUUUGUGGAUGUUCAUGAUGACACAAUCGGUCUGAACCUGACCAACACUUUCUUGGUGUUUACUGAGAAGGAUAUUGGCGACCUGCUGAAGAUCAAUCUGAGCUGGGAAGGAAAUGGUGAAUCCUGGUACUCUGUCUGGAAGAACAUUAAGAAGAAUUUCUGGGGCUGGAACGCCAAGCCUCCCAAACCUGUACUGGAAGUCCGGCGGAUUCGUGUGAAAGCUGGGGAAACUCAGAAGAAGUUUACGUUCUGUGCCCAAGAUCCUGCAAAAACCGAAAUUUCACCAGGGGACACCAUAACUUUAGUGAAAUGUCGUGACGGUUGGGAAGUGAAGCCAAGAAAACGGCUGCCCAUGUAACAACUCUGCACUUCCAACAACCAAUACACCAUCACAAUGGGGGACCCAAUAUGGAUCAGUGAGAAGCAUCGCCUUCUCUUUAUUUGAGCACUUUUCGUAGGAGGGAGAUUGAUCACCGCACGGUGGGAGGGGCUCGACUGGACUCUAACUGCACCUGGGAGGUUUCCAUUUCUUUCUGGAGACAAGAACUCUGUGCUCUGUCCAGCGCAAUACAAAAUGGCUGGAAAAUUAUGUGCAGGCUGGAAGUGAGGAGCAUUUCUAAAUGUGUUAAGAUUGCCAGAGGACUUUCAGAACCUUCCUUUGUGUGGACUAGUGACGUAGAAUACAGAUCUGUGCCAUCGGACAUACACCAGCAAUUAUAGUCGCUGUACUGUACAUUUUAAAAUUGUUUAUUUAUGAAAAAAAUGGAAGCACUGCAAGACCAACGUUAUUUAUCAGAGCACAUCUCAUAAUAAAGCGUAUGUUUUAAUGCAUUUCUCCUUGAUGCAGUAUUUGUGUGUAUGGUUGUCUGUGUAUUAAUGUGAGUGUUGGUUUGUGUCUGUUGUGACCAAGAAGUGUGCCUUUCUGCUGAGAGAUUACUGAUACACUGUAUAAUUGAUGGAGAUACCAGAUCUCAUUGCACACAAGGUUUUGUGCAUAGUGUUAUUGUUACUGUAUGUCCUUUUAUGGGGUGUGUUAUGUACAUAAUGUAAAUAACCCUCUUUUCUUUUGGGAAAAAAUAAAUUCAUCCGUUAUUUGUAGUAA